UGCUACGGCGGCCGCGACCUUGGCUGGCCACUGGCGAGGGACAAGCCCGUGGUUAAGCUCGACCGCCUGCACUACCUCUUCAAGCUGCCGGACAAGGACGACGUGCUCCUCAACAACGGCGUGACGACCCUGGUGCGCGUCGGCCACGACCUCGGCUGGCCGCUGGCGAGGAACGAGACCAUGAUCAAGCUCGACCACCUGCACUACCUCAUCAAGCUGCCAGACAAGGACGACAUGGUGGAGAGCUACAACGGCAUGCUCGCCAAGGCCAUCGGCGCGGGUACCAACCACCUCAUCAAAGGCAUCUUCAUGUGCAGCAAGGCCUACGCCAGCCCGGCAAUUGCUCUAAAUCCACAGUCGUGCAGGUUCAAAAGGUAG